GGGAAUUAUUCGCCCCUCUUCUCAACCGCCGCCGCACUUCAAGCAGCGCGCAGGCCGAACCAUCGCCCGCGUCGCCUCGAUCACCCCGCGUUAAAGACCAGUUAAGACAAGAGCACCAUGGCCGCCCUCGGCGUGCGCCCCCCCGAGUGGAACGACAACUACAAGGCUAAGAUCAAGAAGAUCUUCGAUCAGUGCGACGACGAUAAGAGCGGAACCGUCUCCCUGGACGAACUCGGCCGCGCUCUGGCGGCGGAGAAGGACCUCUGCCGCAUCCUCGGCAUCGACCCGAUCGCGGCGGAGCCCGGUAACAAGGCCAAGCUUCGCGAGGUCUUCAACACGGUCGACAUCGACGGCAGCGACGAGCUCGACUUUGACGAGUUCGGCCUCUUCUUUCAGAGCCGCGUCGAGAUCCUCCGCUACCUCCCCGGCACCGACGACGAGGACAAGUUCUGCAUCAUCCAGGAGUCCAUCGAGCAGAUCCGCGAGCACGCCAACGAGAUCCACCCCAUGGCCAUCCCCGGUCUCUUCAACGAUCGCAUCGAGAACAUCAAGCCCAUCGUGGACGGCCUCGCCGACGCCAUCCUCGACGACAUUGGCGACGCCGUGGACUGCUUCCUCGAGCCCGACAAGAUCAUGAAGGCCAAGCGCGAGGUGGGCUACGUCCUCGCGACGCGCGGCGCCACCAAGGCCAACUUCGACGCGUACGGCGACGCCAUGCUAUCCGCUUUCGAGGCUGGCUACGGCGAGGGCUGGACCGCCGCGCACCACGAGGCGUGGGGCAAGUGCCUCGGAAACCUCAUGGACAUGUACCGCCUCGGUGUGGAGGAUUUCCAAAAGGAGGAGCGCGACAAGAAGCAGGCGGCCAUCGAGGCCGCCAAGGCUGCCGAAGCCGAGGCCAAGGCUGCCGCCGACAAAGCGGCGAUCAAGGCUGCCGAGGACGCCAAGAAGGCGGCGGAGAAGGAGGCUGCCGAGGCGCAAAAGGCGGUGGAGGCUGCGGAGAAGAAGCGCAAAGAGGAGGAUGAGAAGCGCGCGAGGGAGCGCGAGGAGAAGGCCAAGAAGCUCGCCGCCGCCGAGGCGAAGAAGACGGAGGAGGAACUCGCCGAGGAGCGCAAGCUCAAGGAGCAGCGCAUGGCCCUCGUCCGCGCCAACCAGGCGGCGAGGAUGAAGAGGGAGCAGGAGGCUCUCAAGGACCAGGAGCCGUUCUGCUUCUGCCUCAAGAAGGGCAUGGUGAAGGGCACGCCCCUGUACUGAUCUCGAGCGGGCGACCCGGCGGCGGACUCGACGCGCCCUCGCGCGCCUCGCGUCCGCCCACGAAUCACGUGCCCGCGCGUGUACAUAAGCGCGACGCUCUCGCGCGCCAGUUGAAAUACAUCGUUUUGCGCUCAUCAU